AUGGCCUUGACGGAACAGACAGCCCCGCCCCAGGCUUGGGGUCGCUGGCAGCAGCAGCCCGCCGGCCAUGACUACGCGAUGAUGGAUAACACAGCCUUUGUGCAGUACGACUCAAGAGCGGCUACUUCUGCUCCCAUCAACGGUACUAUCAUGGCGCCUCAGUACAUGGUUGGCUCUCACUACGGCGUCGCGUCUAUGCCGGCAAUGGGUCACCACUGCCCGACUCAGAACCACUUCGCGUAUGCUCAGUACGAUUCCCCUCCGGCCAACAUGAACAUUCCCUUCAGACUGCCGGCUCAACAAGAACGACCGAUCAUGCCCGUGGCAGCUCCGGAGCAUGAGGUCCCUCGCGCCAGCUCCUAUCCCCAGGAGUCGCCUUCGGGACAGAACGACCGACACCGCAGCCCAUCCACCCGAAGCGAGACGAAGAUGAGCAACCCAAAGACACCCCACCCCCUCAACACCAAGGAAAUCAAGUUCAACAAGCCCACGAGCGCGGACCCGGUGAACUUCACCACUGCUAUCGACACUCUCAUGAAGGCGAUCCAGAAGAGGCACGACACUGAGGAUAUUGUCAAGGGCGUCCCAGAGACCGAACAGGUUGUCAAGCCGGAGCCUAGAUCUCCCAAGCCCGAGCCGACCCCGGCUGCGUCGGCCCCUACACCCUCGACAACGACGGACUCGCUGGAUGCUCCCAAGACCAAGCGAUAUGUCUGUGAUAUUGAUGGCUGCGGCAAAAGCUUUUACCAAAGCACUCACUUGGACACUCACAAACGCGCCCAUACCGGUGAAAAGCCAUACACUCACAUGCGUCGCCACACUGGCGAGAAGCCCUUCCGCUGCGAACAAUGCAGCAAAGUAUUCGCGCAGCGUGGCAACCUCCAGACGCACAUGGCCACGCACACCAAUGCAAAGCCAUUCGUUUGCAAGCUCGAUUCAUGCAACAAGAUGUUCACCCAACGAGGCAACCUCAAGUACCAUGAGAAGACCCUCAUGGAAAUGACUGACUGGAUUGUCUCCAUCUCCGAUAUCGACGGGUUGUCUGAUGACCAGCGGGAGAUGUACUGGUACUUUGCCAACCUGUACAAGAACAGCAACAAGGGCAUCAAGGGUCGUGGCAAGGACCGCAGAGUCAGCAACCGUGUCUCGAAAUCCAGGACUACUCCAUCGUCUUAUCCGGUUAAGCGCGUUCCCAACCCCGCGAGCCUCGCAGCAUACAGCUCGAAGAGAUUGCCUCCCCCAGAACAAUACAUGCAACAUCACCAGCACGGCUACGAGAUUUACGACACGGACGUGGACCAGUCCUCGAGCGCAAGCAGCCCCAGAUACGACGGCAUUCCUUCUGCCUACCGAGACCGCAUGUACCACCAGUCCAGCCAUGCUAUCUACUAG